UAAAACAGUCUGUUCCUCUGCUUGCAGUAGAGAACAUAUCACAGGGGUGAGGCAAUAUUGUUAAAACCUGUAUUAACUUGCAUAGUGUGUAAUUUGUAUCGAGAGGCUCAAUGAGAGAGAAACUGAAACGACCGAUCAGAUUUAAGAUGGUAGUCCUUUAUGACCAGCUGUGGCACUUGCUGCUGUUACUGUGUCUCAUAGGGCUCCUGCAAUGGGAUGUGUGCUGCGGUCAGCGUCUGGUCCAGAUCCAGGAGGGUCCUCUGUAUAGAGUCAAAGGAUAUCCCAUCUCCAUUUCCUGUAAUGUUAGUGGGUUCAAAGGUUCCCCUGUACAGGAUUUUGAAUUUUCGGUCAAGAAGGUUAAGAGACCAGACAUAAGUAUAGAUAUCAUCAGUACAAGGUCCACAAACUUUGCCUAUGCAGUUUUCUCUGAAAGGGUGAGCAAAGAAGAGAUUAAGAUUGAGAGGUUGUCUGGAUCUUCAGUUCUAUUGAAGAUCAACAAUUUGCAGGAGAAGGAUGCUGGUGUGUUCAGUUGUCACACCCCAAGCACUGAUGGCACAUAUAAUGGAAUCUAUGGUGCGGACACAACACUUAACGUGAUCGAAGACACCCUGGUGGCAUCAUACUCUGGCUCUUCCUCUAAGAGCAUGUCUGAGGGCAACUCUCUUCAACUUGAGUGCCAGGUUUCCAGUCAGACUUUUCAACACACCCAUCUGUCGGUCACCUGGUUUCUCCAUGGUGCAGAGGAUGUGAGCCCCCGACCAAUCAUUACUCUGGACAGGGAUCUGACUGUAAAGCCAGGAGCUGGAUUUGAGGAUCGCUACAAAUUAGGACUUAUUAGCAUGGAUAAGGUGGAGGACACAACCUACAGACUGAAGAUGCCACAGGUGCAGCAGUCAGACCGCGGGAAGUUCUACUGUCAGGGCACUGAGUGGAUCCAAGACCCUGACCGUUCCUGGACACAGAUUGCGCACAAAACCACCACAACCUGUAAUGUAGAGAUUGAUGUAGCCCCUGAUGUAGGUUCCUUCAUUGCUUAUAUGGAGGCUUCAAAGGAGCCAUUGCAGGAGGGAGAUGCACUGGAGAUCCGCUGCAGUGUGAAGGCACAGAACCUUCCUGGUCAAUUUUUUUCAGUGACUUGGCUGAAAAACCAGAAGAACGUGGCCCAGAUUGGAUCUUCUGGGGUGCUCACUGUGUUUGAUGAUUACAAAGAGAGAGAGAAUAAAGCAGAGAUGAGAGCAGUGAAAACCAGUCCUAUGGAGUACCUGUUGACAAUCCGCUCAGCUAGGGCUGAGGACCAGGGCGAAUACCAGUGUGAAGUAUGGCAGGAAGACAAGAGUGAGGAUGGCACCUUCACAAAAACAAAAAAGCAGCUGUCCAGUCCUGAGACUGUACACGUCACCACCAAAGUGAGUGACCUAGCCGUGGUCAUGGUGAUGGAGAACAAUACAGUGACUGAGGGAGAAGCACUAAAGGUCAUCUGCUCAGUGUCCGGAUUCAAAGGUCCUUUAUCAGUUUCAUGGCAACAUAAGAAAGACUCCAUCAGUGACAUUAUCAGUCUGACUCAAGAGGGAGUGAUGAAAGAUAUUGGGUCAAGAUAUCAAGGCAGACAUGUUCAAAUACUCCAUUCUCCAGCCGGACGCUUCACCCUGGAGAUCGGCGCUGCUACAGUGUCUGACAGCGGCGAGUACAAAUGCACUGUGUCUGAAUGGACCACACAGAGCAAUGGAGAGAUGAAGAAAGGCAACACCCAAUCACAGCAAAAAGACAUUUCUGUUUAUUCUGUUGAAUCUCUAAUGAGGGUGGUUUUGAGAAGUCGUGCAACAAGUGUGGCUAUAGAUUCACCGCUAGAACUAAUAUGCUCAGUAAAAGGACCUAAAGUGCCUUUGACUGUACACUGGAUGUUUCUGCCCAUUAAUUCAUCUACACAGAGAAAUAUUGUAUCUCUACACUAUACUGGAGAAAUCACCUGGGGAGCAGAUCAGAGUAGCUACCAACUGUCCAUUCAGGAGCAACAUCCAGAUAAAAGUUUCACUCUCAGGGUGUCGAGAGUCAGCAGGAAACAAGGUGGACAGUACCAGUGUCAAGCUGAUGCCUAUCAGAAGGAUGUACAAAAAGCCAGGAAGAUCUCCAACCCUUUAGCAGUGAAUGUACGGAAACCUGACAGAAAGCUGAAUCUGUCCUACCUCAAGUCUUCGAUUGAAACCACUGUCAACAGUGAUGCCAAGAUUGAAUGCUUAGUCAGCCGUGCAACCACGAAUACCUCUCGUUUCACAGUAACAUGGCUGCUUGAGUCCCUGAUGCUCUUAACUAUGGACCUGCAUGCUGUUGUCAAAUUUGGCCCUGCAGCUGGCCUAGAGAUGGACCAGAGAAUCCGCAUGGAAUUGAGACAGAAACACAACUUCGAGUUGACUAUUCAACAGGUCAUGAAAUCUGACAGUGGACAGUACCGUUGUGAGGUGGAAGAGUGGCUUCAGGAUCCUCUUGGUGACUGGUAUUCUCUAGAUAAAAAGGAUGUUUCUACAGAGCUUGUUGUCAAUGACAAAGCCAGUGAUUUCAAAAUGAAUAAAGCAAACACUCAGCUGUGGGUUAAGGAGGGAGAAUCACUAAUGUUGAAUUGCUCAGUGGAUAGUGUUGGGACAGAUUCCACAAUUCGCUACUCUCUUACCUGGUACUUGAACCAGUCCUCUAAUGUGCAACUUCUGACCUAUCGUUAUGAUGGCCGUCUGAUUUACAACAGCUUUGACCCAAAGCUUGAGGGACGACUCCACUUCUCCAGCCCAGCAAUCGGUGUCUUUCAACUGACCAUCCAUAGAACCAUCCAGGAAGACAGUGGGCAGUAUUACUGUAAAGUUGAUCAGCACCAGCUGGAUUGCAAAGGCCAGUGGUCACCUAAGGCAAGCGACAAGUCAGGUUCUACCAAUGUUAGUGUUCACCUCAUGGAGAAUAAAUUGAGCGUGCAAAAGGAGUUCCGAAGCCGCAACAUUACCAAUCUGCAAGCUGGAUUUACCAUGGACUGUGUGAUUGACUCUCGAUCAAGUGACAAAUCAGUGUUUGAGGUGACUUGGUCCAAGGGUCAGAGAGGUGAACGACCUGUCAUCAUCUUCAAUGCCAGCCGUGAUGGAACCUUACACAGUGCAAUUAGCGAUAAAGAUCUGAUGUUCAGACGACCACGUGCCACACACUAUAAACUGACUGUACCAAACAUCAACCCCAGCGAUACUGGGCUUUAUCUCUGUCAGGUUGUUGAAUGGAUUCAGACAACUACAAAUAACUGGAGGAGGAUAGGUGAAGACAAGUCUGGAGAGCUAUCUGUCCAUGUAGAAACUGAGGAUAGGCAAAAAGAGGACACUUUUACCAUAGACAGGACUGAUAAGCACCUUGACAUCAAAGAAGGAGAGCAAUUUGAACUUGAAUGCUCCCUGGACAUAGUAAAAGAUGACCCUACCCUUCACUACAGUCUCAGUUGGGUAUUUGAUAGCCCGAAAUCUACCAGCCAGAUAUCUUUAUUGACAUACUCGUAUGAUGGCCGUCUACAGUACCACCUAGAGAACCAGCAACUUAAAGACAGGCUACGCUUCUCUAGACCCACUACCGGAACAUUUCAUCUGGUUGUACUAAACUCAGAUACAGCUGACAGUGGAAGCUACCAGUGCAAGGUUGACCAGUACAUGCUCGGUUGUGAGAGCAAAUGGAAACAGACGGUAUCUGCACAAUCAGGCUCAACCACUGUCAACGUUAGCAGUAUUGAGAGUAAACUGCAUGUGCAGAAGGAGAACCGAAAGCUAAACAUUACCAAUCACCAGGCUGAAUUUACCAUUGACUGUGUAAUUGACUCUUGGUCCAGUGAUAAGUCUGCUUUUGGGGUCAACUGGUUCAGGGUGCAGAACACAGAACCAGAAGUACCAUUCUUCACUGCUAGACGUGAUGGUACCUUACACAGUGCAAUUAGUGACAAAGAUCUGGUGUUCAAACGACCACAUCUUACAUACUAUAAACUGACUGUGCCAAACAUCAGCCCUGGUGAUAUGGGGCAAUACUACUGUCAGGUAGAGGAGUGGCUGCUAACACCUGCUAACACCUGGAAGAAAGUGGCAUCAGACAAAUCUGGAAUCCUCUUUGUCCAUGUUCAUGUUGAAGGUGAAGCUGAAAAACAGACAGACCCUUUAGGAAUAACGCUGGGAAUCACCAUUCCCCUGAUUUGCUUUUUUGUAUUUGUCAUAAUAAUGCUGUUGAGAAGGGAGCACAAGAGGAGUUCUGAUCUGAAAAAGAAAAAAGAGUGUCUUUGGGCUGAAAACAACCCCCUUUCCCCAGUACCUGGAGUGACUGCAGGUGAAGAUCAUUCAUAGCUUGUCUACCACACCAGUUAUUAAUCAUGCAGUGGUCUUUGAUGUAUAAACAUUAUUAUUACUUAACAUUAAAGGGUGUUCACCCAAAAAUGAAAAACAAAAAAUGAAGAAAAAAAAAUGUCUGCUCACCCAAAACCAACUGGAUCGCUUCAGAAGACACUGAUUAAACCACUCGAGUCUGAUGGAUUACUUUUAUGCUGCCUUUAUAUUCUUUUUGGAUUUCUGGUCACCAUUCUGGUCUCUUGCAUUGUAUGGGCCUACAGAGCUGAGAUAUUCUUCUAAAUAUUAUAAUUAUGAUAUUCUUCAUUUGUGUUCUGCUGAAGAAAGAAAGUCAUACACAUCUGGGAUGGCAUGAGUGUGAGUAAAUGAUGAGAGAAUUUUCAUUUUUGGGUGAACUAUCUCUUUAACAAUUUGAACUUAGCUAAAAACUUUGUUUACCAGUAUGACUCAGGAUAAUGCUGACCAGCCUUCAUUUACAUUCCGAGAAAUGAAUUCAUUAUAAGAGGAAAAUUAAGUAUAAUAUAGAUAUAUGUUGGAUAAACCAGUGGUUCUCAACCAGGUUUGCUUCAGGGCCCAGAUUUUACAUCGGACAUCAAGUGGUGACACAUAGGCUAACCAAAACCAGAAUUGUGUAUGGUACAAAGAUUUUUUUUAAAAUCAAACAAUAAAAUGUAUACAUUUUUAUUUUCUAUAACUGGCAACUGCUCUCAGCAGCCAGUGAUUCAUUUCACAAAACAUUGUGGUCAGCACAAACCAAAUGUAUCCUUUUCUCAACUUAUUUAAUGUUUUCUGCAUAUUUUAUUUUACAUAUUUUAUCUUACAUAGUUUUUGCUCAUGGUUUUUGAGGAUGAGGUCAUAUCACACAAUCUGUCCAGAUUGGUAUAUGCUGAAUUUGUUCCAAAAUAUCAAAAAGUUUGAUAGGACACAGCCUUUGACAUAAACAACAAAAGAUAGGUUUAUGGAAAACUCUUUUAAAAGUUCAGAAGCAUAUUUAUUUUGCUAUCCUAACUGUGCAUGGUUAUACUGAAUGGUUAGUUGCAUUUAAUUAUUUUCAUUUGGCUUCGCUUUUUCCCUGCUGUCUAUCAGAACAGACUUAUGACCCAUUUUUGGGUCACAGCCAUCUGGUUGAGAAACACUUAAAUGAUGGUUUUCUAGGUGACCAUUUCAUAGAAUAAUAACGUUCACAUUGGAAUUGUGCAAUGUGUGUGGUGACAAAUUGGUUAAGUGUUAAAGAUGCAAUGAUGCUAAAUAUUUUUUUAAUAAAAUGAAUGAACAACA